AUGAGCAGCUGGACUACGUUACCCUGGUCGUGGAAGUUGGAGGAUGUUCAAGCAGUCUUAAACAUCAUAGUCACAGCCAUCAGCGGCAUCGCCAUAUUUGUGUUGACUCGCUGCUACUGGUCUCUCAGCGCACGAGUAGCUGCUCAAGGAAAAGUUGUGCCAGUAUCGUUCCUCCUCACCUUGAACACACCUGGAGAGGCCAUCGAUGUUCUCUUGCUAUUAAAAUCUCAUGUCAUCCAACAUUGGAAUAUUGUUUCUCAAAGUCUAAUUGUCAUUUCUCUCUCAAUCACGACCAUACUGUCCGGUCCAAUUGCGAAAUACUCGACAAGACUGACCCACGUCGUGGUCCAGACCGAGGUCAAUGGGCUUCUCGCUGGGAGAACAGAUAACAGCAUUCCGGACUCUCAAGUGGCGUGGAACCUGACUCAAAUGAGUCUCGAUCACGCAAACUUCCCCAUCGACGAGCUCCUGGACUAUCUCCCAGACACUUCGAAAUUGUGGGUCGACCGCCUUGACGAAUGGAACAACAGUUGGAGUAUGACCUGUGAGCCUGUAUCUCACGUCGGAAUUGACCACGGCAAUUACGACAGCGCAGACUUCUAUACCAAUGCAACGUUGAUCAAGGACCUGCUCAUUUGUAUGUAUGCGGCAAACUACUCAGACUGGGAUGAGGCCAGUGGCCCCUUCGGUACAUACCGCACGGUGAAUAUGUCGAUGGCAAGUUUGCAUCUUCACAAUGCACCGAAGAAUGACUCUGAUGAUUACGCCCCGUGUCGAUUUGGUCAAGGGGCUGUGGGCUCUGCUUUCUACACUCGUGUCGAUUGUGCUCUCAGACUCACCAACAAUCGCAUUCAGGAUCCAGCAUGGAUUGCAUUUCCCGACAUUGGAGAUGUUUUUAACAUCCAUUCUUCAAUGGUAGGCAACUAUUUCACACGCUUUAAGCAGGAGUCAAUGGCGGGCGACGAGAUUUCCGUCAUUAGCCCAAGAGAUUUGCAACGAUUCUAUCCGACAUACAUGGUCACAAAGGACACUCAACUCAAGCGCCCAGUACAACGCAAGAUAAGCGUCAAAGUUGUUGCCGUACAACUGUCCAACGGAUUUAUUGCGGUCUUUAGCAUCCUUGCUCUCUUCAUUUGCCUCGGGGGAGCGGCUCAUGUUCUCCUUCUUUUCAGAAAUCGAGGAGCCAUGGACUUAUUGCCACAGUCAAAGCUUGAUUGGUUGUUGGAAUGCAUCAUAUCAAGGUCUCCAAGCCGCAGCGGUGUGGAUAGUCGAGGGCCAAUACCAUCGAGGGUCGCUGAUGCCGGGGCUGUGGUACCCUUGCAUAUCAGCGCAGGCAAGAAACGGGCCCAAUUUGAGGCCGCUGUCUACAGCACAAUGUGGACUGGAGAUGUCGAUCAGUUACCCGACUCACCCGACAUCCACGCCCAACCCUCAGAACUGCCGGACAAAGGAGUCGAACCCAGACAAAGCUCGGCUUCUGGACUACUAAAAUCACAACGAACCACACCAGGUAGAGGUACAGAGGAAGCUGUGCGUGCUGAGUCUGUCGGCUCAGGCUGA